AUGCACUCAUCCACCCUCGUCCUCUGCGCCUUCUUGGGCUUCGUGGCCUAUUCCCAAGCUCAGGAGAUACCUCCACCACCUUUCUUGAUGGGCGAGUCCCCAGCUGUUCUACAAAGCUUCCAGAAGAUCCUGGAACAAGGCAACCAUAUGACUGAUGACCAAUUGGACCGGGAAGUUGAGAAGUGGGUGCAAACUCAAAGUGCUUCCGUUAAGGUAUGUUAACGUUUCAGCUAUAUUACCUUCGUUUUUAACUUUUUUUAAACUUCUAUCCAAAAUAAUCUUACGUGUAUUUCAAAGCGUAGUAGGUUUCAAUUUCGAAUUUUUAGAGCAAAUAUGCCACUUUCAAAUCGGACUUGGCCAAGCACCAAUCCCAAGCUGAGAGUGCCCACAAGGCUGCCGUAGCCAAGUUCUCUGGCCCAGCCAAAGAGGCAGAUGCCAAGCUUUCAGCCAUUGCCAACAACCCAGCCCUAACCUCGGCCCAAAAGAACCAGCAAAUCGAACAGCUCGUCAGCCAACUGCCACCGGCUGUCAGAAAGGAAAUCGAAGACGCCAUGCAAGGCUAG